UUUUUCAAAAAGCUAACAAACCAGCUCCACCACUCUCCAGAACUCUCUGGUGUGGCCUCGUUUCUUCCUUCGCGACCCUUCCACCACCUCCUCUUCCUCUCCAAUGAAGAUUUCCAUGAACCCUACCCACGCAUAUAAAUUCAAACCCUCCAAUCUCCACCACCAUAUCGUGAAAAAACCAAAAGCAUUUCAAGCAUCCAGAUUUAAAUUACCAAAACACCAUACCCAAAGCAAACAACUAGCUCUUAAGCUCCAAUUUCUUUUGCUUCUUCGUUACUACUUUCUCAAUCAAAUAAUCAACUAGUUUCUUGCUGAAUUUGUUAUAUGGCUUCAAAGACUGAAGGCAAGGCCAUUGGCAUCGACCUCGGCACCACCUACAGCUGCGUAGGGGUGUGGCAAAACGACCGCGUUGAGAUCAUAGCCAAUGACCAAGGCAACAGAACCACCCCUUCCUAUGUUGCUUUCACUGAUACGGAGCGUUUGAUCGGCGAUGCAGCCAAAAACCAGGUUGCCAUGAACCCCCAAAACACCGUUUUCGACGCCAAGAGGCUCAUCGGCCGGCGAUUCUCCGACCCAUCUGUCCAGAGCGACAUGAAGCACUGGCCUUUCAAGGUCGUUCCCGGCCCAGGCGACAAACCCAUGAUUGUCGUUCAAUACAAAGGCGAAGAGAAGCAGUUUGCAGCCGAAGAGAUAUCGUCCAUGGUGCUGACCAAGAUGAGGGAAAUUGCUGAGGCAUAUUUGGGUCAUUCAGUCAAUAACGCUGUGGUCACUGUGCCUGCUUACUUCAAUGACUCACAGAGGCAAGCUACGAAGGACGCGGGCGUCAUUGCUGGCCUGAAUGUGAUGAGAAUUAUCAACGAGCCAACUGCUGCUGCCAUUGCUUAUGGUCUUGACAAGAAAGGGUCGACGGCUGGUGAGAAGAAUGUUCUUAUUUUUGAUCUUGGUGGUGGUACUUUUGAUGUUUCUUUGCUCACAAUUGAGGAAGGGAUCUUUGAAGUGAAGGCCACUGCUGGGGACACUCAUCUUGGUGGUGAGGAUUUUGACAAUAGGCUUGUUAAUCACUUUGUGCAAGAGUUCAAGAGAAAGCACAAGAAGGAUAUUAGUGGCAAUGCCAGAGCUUUGAGGAGGUUGAGGACUGCGUGUGAGAGGGCGAAAAGGACUCUGUCUUCAACCGCACAGACCACAAUUGAGAUCGAUUCGCUUUACGAAGGUAUUGAUUUCUAUUCCACAAUUACAAGAGCAAGAUUUGAAGAGAUGAACAUGGACUUGUUUAGGAAGUGUAUGGAACCUGUGGAGAAGUGUUUAAGGGAUUCAAAAAUCGAUAAGAGUCGGGUGGAUGAAGUUGUUCUGGUUGGUGGGUCGACGAGGAUUCCUAAAGUUCAGCAGCUUUUGCAAGAUUUCUUCAAUGGCAAGGAACUGUGCAAGAGCAUAAACCCUGAUGAGGCUGUUGCUUAUGGCGCUGCUGUUCAAGCUGCAAUUUUGACUGGUGAAGGGAAUCAGAAGGUUCAAGACUUGCUGCUUCUUGAUGUUACGCCUCUCAGCCUUGGUCUUGAGACUGCUGGUGGUGUCAUGACUGUCUUGAUUCCGAGGAACACCACUAUCCCUACCAAGAAGGAGCAGAUCUUCUCUACUUACUCUGACAACCAGCCGGGAGUAUUAAUUCAGGUGUAUGAAGGAGAGAGGGCUCAAACCAAGGACAACAAUCUUCUUGGAAAAUUCGAACUCACAGGCAUUCCUCCGGCCCCAAGAGGUGUUCCUCAAAUCAAUGUGUGCUUUGACAUUGAUGCAAAUGGUAUCUUGAAUGUGUCUGCUGAAGACAAGACUGCUGGAGUGAAGAACAAGAUCACUAUCACCAAUGACAAGGGAAGGCUGAGCAAGGAGGAGAUUGAGAGAUUGGUGCAGGAGGCAGAGCGGUACAAGGCUGAAGAUGAGGAGGUGAAGAAGAAGGUGGAUGCCAAGAACUCGCUUGAGAACUACGCAUACAACAUGAGGAACACUGUGAAGGAUGAGAAGAUUGCUGGAAAACUGGACCCUGCAGACAAGCAGAAAAUUGAGAAGGCCAUUGAUGAGGCGAUUGAAUGGCUUGACAGGAACCAGUUGGCUGAAGUUGAAGAAUUUGAGGACAAACAAAAGGAACUGGAGGGCUUGUGCAACCCAAUUAUUGCUAAAAUGUAUCAAGGUGCUGGUGGAGAUGUGCCAAUGGGCGGUGCUCAGAUGCCCGGUGGCGGAUUUGGCAACGCUAGCUCUGGUGGAGCAGGAGCUGGGCCUAAGAUUGAAGAGGUUGACUAAGCUAGAAUAGGUUUCUUUUUGGAUGUUCUGCUUUUGAACUCUGCUCUUGUUCUACUGUUUUCUCUUGAGUGAAAUGCUUGAAUAAUAGGUAGACGUAGGAACCAUGUGAGGAUGUGAUGUAUAUUUCAGCUUUUUGCGUAAUUAAAUAAAAAAACUUUAUUCUGUUCUUCA